AUGUCAAACAUUAAUAUCAAAUCACCUGUUCCAUUGCACUCGAACUCACGGUCUCCUAAACCUUCCUUGUUAUCUUCUUCCCAACAACCAAAAAGAAGCUAUAACAUAGAUGAAGCAAACGACAAAAAGUUGCGGGUACCAAAUGUUAGUGAUACCGAGGAAAUGAUCAGACCAGUCAGGACCCCAGAGUUUAUGAGUUUUUCUCCUUUCAGCCAUAUUCACCACCACAGCAACAACAAUUAUGGUUAUCAAGAUCGUCAAGCCAGUGAAGAUUUCGAUCCCGGUAAAUCUCUUGAAAGCACCAUCCCUCCCCAAUUACAACAAAAUAUUGAAAGAAAAGGCAGCGCCACCUGUUGCUACCAGAAGGCGUUGGAACGUCGCAAUAGUUUGACUAGCAAUUGCAGUAGUACUGGUGACGAUGAUAACGAUGGUGACAGCCCAAAAAAUUCCCGAAAAUCUUUUGAUGGUAGUAUUCCAAUCACUGAGGACAAAAGUGAUGUUAUCGAAGCAGAGGAAAGGACUGCCAAUGCUCCAAAAUCCAGCCAGUCAUUACAGGACCAAAAGAGAGACUUGAUGAACUUCAGUGGGUUAUAUUCUCGGUGGAAAAAUCGCGGAUACCAUCACCACCAUCGUCAUGAACAUAUACUCCACAAUCAUCUUCAAGAACUACAUUCGCGUUAUCAGCAUCCAGCCGAGGAUCCAUUGUCUCCUAAAGAUAAAACAUCAUCAAAAAAGAAUAGUGUAAUGCCGGGGCUGUUUCCAAUUGCAGACACCACUGAUAAAAAAAAUGGGUUGCUCAUGUCAGUUAGUGACGAGAGUACUGAAGGAGAUGAUCAAAGUUUGAAAAUUUUUGGGGAAAAAAUCCAAAAGGCUGAAGAGCUGGAUAGUGGAUCGAGUAAGCUAGAGGGGCAAUUUAAUGAUAUAAAAAUUGAUACGGCCCAAAAAGGGGAUUUUUCAAGACAUGUUUUCGAUCAUGAAAAUUAUAAGAAAUUUCACUUGCGUCAAUAA